CGGACUCCGAGUAGGGUGGGCGGGGGGGAGAGCAGGGCGAUACAAACGAGUUAUUAAAUAAAUAAAUAAAAUAGGAGGAUGCGAAUUCACCGAGAAAUCGCCGCUAUCCGACUAGCCGGGCUGUAGCGCGUAUCUCCGGGCUCACAGGCCUCGACGGGGGCGGAAGGAGGAGAAGGAGGAGGAGGGAGAAAAACGGGUGCGUUGGACGGUGGGGGAUGAUGAUGAUCGUGGUGAUGAUGCUUCCCUGUAUGCUCCGCUGAUACACAGGGACGGUAGGACCGCUGCUGCUGCUGGUGAGGAUUAUCCAGGAGGAAGGAGGGAGGAAGGAAGACAGGGAGGAGGGGGGAGGCAGCAACCAGCAUCAUCCGGUAGGCUGCAAGCAGAGAGACCGAUCGGAAAUAAUAAUAAUUAAAAAAAUACUUUAUAAAAAAUAAAACAAAUCAACCUUGGAUUGGACUGGAUUUUACCACCCAAUGUUGGAUACUGGCCUUCGGGGGAGGAAGCGCGUGCACAUCCGACAGGACGGACUUCCAGUUGUUAUGCAAUCAAAGCGAGCAGAAAGUGUCCCAGCGUCUCCUCUCUAGUGCUGGAUCUGUGUGGCGUGUUCGAGGGCAGCUGGGAUUAUUGAGGCUGCCCGCUCAUUUCGGUGCGUGUGGGGGUGCGUGAGCGUGGGGGGGGUAGGACCAUAUUGGACGCUGAUCGCAGAGAUUGGACUCAGCGGAUAUUUCGAAGAUGUCGGGGCAGACGCUGACAGACCGCAUCGCCGCUGCCCAGUACACCCUGACGGGCUCCGAGGUGUCCAGGGCCGUGUGUAAGGCCACCACACAUGAGCAGACAGCCCCAAAGAAAAAACACCUGGAAUACCUGAUCCAGGCCACCCAGGAUUCCAACGUGAACGUCCCCCAGAUGGCCGACACGCUGAUGGAGAGGGUGGGGAACGCCAGCUGGGUGGUGGUUUUCAAAGCCCUGAUCACCACACACCACCUCAUGGUGAAUGGCAACGAGAGAUUCCUCCAGUUCCUGGCAUCUAGGAACACCUUGUUCAACCUCAGCAACUUCCUGGACAAAACCGGCUCUCACGGCUACGACAUGUCCACGUUUAUCAGACGUUACAGCCGCUAUCUCAACGAGAAGGCCUUCGCCUACAGACAGAUGUCUUUCGACUUUGGACGAGUGAAGAAAGGAGCUGAUGGAGCCAUGAGGACCAUGUCGGUGGAGAAGCUGUUGAAAGGAAUGCCGAUCCUGCAGAGCCAGAUCGACUCGCUUUUGGAUUUUGAGGUUAACCCAAAAGACCUGAACAACGGCGUGAUAAAUGCCUGCUUUCUCCUUCUCUUCAAAGAUCUCAUCAAGUUGUAUGCCUGCUACAAUGAUGGCAUCAUCAAUCUGCUUGAGAAAUUUUUCCAGAUGAAGAGGAGCCAGUGUAAAGACGGGCUCGAGAUCUACAAGAGAUUCCUGACGCGGAUGACCCGGGUUUCCGAGUUCUUCAAAAUUGCGGAGCAAGUGGGAAUAGACAAGAACGACAUACCUGAGCUCACUCAGGCCCCAGAAAGUCUUUUGGAGUCUCUUGAGACUCAUCUCAACACCCUGGAGGGGAAGAAGCCAGAGGAUAAAUCCCCCACUAAGGAUACAACAGCCAACAACAGUACUCCUGCUGCUGCUGCAGCACCACCAGCCAAGCCGGCUCCUCCUGCUGCCGCCGGCGGGCCACCAGCUCGCCCUGGGCCGCCAACAAAACCCCCUCCACCCUGCAUCACUCCAACCGCGCCGGCUCCUGCUGCCACCAUUACCAGCAACGCUCUAGACGACGGCUUGCUUCUGGACCUCGACCCUAUGGCGUCUUCUUCAGCAGGCGGUGCUGCGGCAACGUCCUCCAUCACUGGAUGGGGAGAUCUCUUGACAGAGGCCGCUACCAAUGGAGCACCUCAAGCUCUUGCAGAUGGAAAGUCUACUGAUGUUGCAGCUGCAGCAGGCGCUGCCGCCCCUGCUGUCCCUGCCGCCCCUGCUGUCCACUGCCACCCCUGCUGCCACUGCCACCGUUGCUGCGCCCGCAGCCGCUGCCGUUGCUGCGCCCGCACCUGCAGCCGCACCUGCAGCCGCACCUGCAGUCGCACCUUCUACCAUUGCUGCUGCAGCUGCACCGGUGCCGCCCCCCACAUCGCUGCCUGUCACUGCUCAUGCUGCCGCCUCAGCCUCUGACAUGGACCUUUUUGGAGAUGCGUUUGCACCUUCCCCAGGAGACGGUCCUGCUGCCGUGGCCGCGGGCCCUGCUGCUGAUGCAUUUAGUGGAUCUG